AUGGCUGUCGCCGAUCUUGACUUACCUGUGGCACAUCAAUUGGAAGAUUAUGACUUAUUUUCACGUGAAGCUCAUCGUAUUAUCGAUCAACUUGUAAAUCAAUCAUUAGCACAUGUGAAUGAUACAAAGGAAACGUCCGAUGAAAAUAAUGAGGAAUAUAAUAUUCAACGAGAUCGGUUUAUUAUAUUAGAAAGUGAAGGAAAAACAAAAGGCCAUUCAUCAGUUCGUUGGCCAAGUAUCGCUGAAUUUACCCAUGAAAAAAUUGGCGUAGAAAAAAUAAAUGAAUAUAUUGAAAAGGUAAUUCAUUUUAGUCUUAAUUUUUAA